UUAUAAUGGAGAUACUUUUAAGGGAAUGUACUUAACUCGCCUAACAAAACCAAAUCCUAAUUUGUCCACGUUGCAUCGGACCACUCCUCAUUUUAUAAUUGAUUGAUUGAAGUGUUUUUGACAGUGUCACUCAUCAGACCCAAUAUUCUAAUUCUAAUUCUAUUCUAACUUUUCUCUUUUUCUCAGCACCAUCCAUCUUUGUCAAUGAGUUUCCAAGGCUGUCCAAAUGUGAUAUGGAGAAUCACGCCCUCGCAUAUCCUCGUCUUCUUCCUUCUAUCGUCGGCCGUCCAUGCCCAGUCAAGUUCGGCACCUGAGGCUUCUCCCGGUGCUUCACUUCGCAACAGGAACGCCUUAUUCGCUCCCGUGGUUGUCGCCCUCUGUUGCGCCUUCCUUUUCAUCGCCUGCUUCGUCAUCUACAUCCUCCACUGCCCCGACUUGGAACUUCCUGCCGGAGACCCGACAGACGCUGCCACCGCCAAUUGUUCUUCAAGUGUUCAUCACAGCAUCGACCCGAAAUUAAUCGAAAUCUUCCCCAUCCUCGUGUAUUCCGCCGUCAAACACCUCGACUUUGGGAAAGCCUCCGCGCCGGAAUGUGCGGUGUGCUUGAACGAGUUCGACCACCGCGAUACGCUCCGAUUGCUUCCGAAAUGUCACCACGUGUUUCAUCUUGAAUGCAUCGAUGCCUCGUUAGCCUCCCAUGUUACUUGCCCUGUUUGUCGCUCGAGGCUGAAGCAGGAGGAGGAUCACCGCCGAGGUGAAGGCGAUGAGGUGAUAGUUAUUCCGAAUGAGGUUACAAAUGCACAACAGGUGUUCGAUGAAAGCUCUGUGACAAGAAUGGAGCUUAAUUCAGGCAACAGAAGUUUAGGGAUGUGUCAUUCAACUGGUCACUCUUUGGGUUUGGGUGAAAGUGAAAUCGAAGAGGAAAGACACGGGGAGGUACAGUCUGAGGAUGUCGGAAGAUGUGAGCAAACAGAUUCCGAUGAAUCACAGAGGAACGCGAUGGUCGGCGAGCUAAAAUGUGUUCGGAGGAAGGCCAGGUGAAGAGAACAGUAGAAAGCAUUUGAUUCUGUGAAUGAAGCUUCGAAUUGUUUCUCGCGGGUCCCUUUCAGCAACGGAGUUUAUUCUUCCUCCCCAGUUCUCCAACCUCAGUGGCCGAGUAGGAGAUUGGUAUUGUUUUUCUCCUUCUUUGUGGGAUUGUGAAGAAUUUUUAUUCAUUGGAUGAAGUCAUAAAUUCGAAUAACUCAAAA